GAUCGCUCAGUCAGAAAAUCUAAACAUCAUGAUAUCUUAGUCAUGUUUAAGUUUCUGGCUCUACGUGCUCGUUCUGUUCGGGAAGAAGGAAAUAUCAAAGAAAUUGCAAUAACUCACCAUGUAAAGGAAGGACAUGAGAAAGCAGACCCUUCACAGUUUGAACUUCUGAAAGUACUAGGACAAGGAUCCUUUGGAAAGGUCUUUCUUGUAAAAAAAAUCUCAGGAUCAGAUGCUAGACAGCUUUAUGCAAUGAAGGUAUUGAAAAAGGCCACCUUGAAAGUUCGAGAUCGGGUUCGGACAAAAAUGGAACGUGAUAUCCUAGUAGAAGUUAACCAUCCUUUUAUUGUCAAGUUACACUAUGCUUUUCAAACAGAAGGGAAGCUAUAUCUUAUUCUGGAUUUUCUCAGGGGAGGAGACUUGUUUACACGUUUAUCCAAAGAGGUGAUGUUCACAGAAGAUGAUGUUAAAUUUUACCUGGCAGAAUUAGCACUUGCUUUAGACCAUCUACAUAGUCUUGGAAUAAUAUACCGGGACCUAAAACCAGAAAACAUCCUGCUUGAUGAGGAAGGACAUAUCAAAUUGACAGAUUUCGGUUUAAGUAAGGAGUCAAUUGAUCAUGAAAAAAAAGCCUACUCUUUCUGUGGAACAGUGGAAUAUAUGGCACCAGAAGUCGUUAAUAGACGAGGCCAUACACAGAGUGCAGACUGGUGGUCUUUUGGUGUUUUAAUGUUUGAAAUGCUCACUGGUACUCUACCUUUCCAAGGGAAAGACAGAAAAGAAACCAUGACUAUGAUUCUCAAGGCAAAACUUGGAAUGCCCCAGUUCUUGAGUCCCGAAGCACAGAGUCUUCUGCGAAUGCUCUUCAAAAGAAACCCAGCAAACAGAUUAGGAGCGGGUCCAGAUGGAGUUGAAGAAAUUAAGAGGCAUGCAUUCUUUUCCAAAAUAGAUUGGAAUAAAUUGUACAGGAGAGAAAUUCAUCCCCCUUUUAAACCUGCAACUGGCAGACCUGAAGAUACAUUUUAUUUUGACCCUGAGUUUACAGCAAAAACUCCAAAAGAUUCGCCUGGUAUCCCACCUAGUGCUAAUGCGCAUCAGCUGUUCCGGGGAUUUAGUUUUGUAGCUAUUGCGUCAGAUGAUGAAAGCCAAGCAAUGCAGACAGUUGGAGUGCAUUCAAUUGUCCAG